AUGGCUGACCCACUAUACGAACUUCUUGCACCCUACUUCGACCGGCCUACCCCAGCGUCUACGACACGCGAGUCGAUACCUCUGCCAAACGACCCUACAACGAGCGCCUAUCUAGCUCGGCUACCCACCCUUUCGCUACAGUCAUUGACCACAACUGAACCCUCCUACCUCAACUCAGCAACUCAGUCAAGUCUACGCUCCUUGCAGGCAUUAUCCAAGCGCUCGCAUCGCUCCGUCAUUACCGCAACUGAUCACCUCUCGAGUCUUUCUACCCUUCUUCCCUCGCUUUACACGCAGUCAAAGGAGUUGGAAAAUGCAUUGCCGAAUCUGGAGUCGGCUGCUACAAGCUUUGCGACUAAAUACGAUAGGAAUACCGACAAUGCCGUGCUUGACAGGAGGAAAAGAGCAAUGUUGCUAAGCAGAAAUGUGGACAGAGUCAGCGAUGUCAUGGAGCUACCAACAUUGCUAUCUACCGCUAUAAGCUCCUCGUCAGCUGCUGUUACUCAAGGCACUGGAGGCGCAGCUGCUUCUGGUUAUGCUUCUGCCCUGGACUUGCAUGCACAUGUUAAACGUCUGAGAACCUUGUACCCAGACUCCAACCUGGUAGGAGAUAUCUCGCGACAGGCCGACGACGAAAUUCAGAAUCUCAUAACUGUCUUGAUCAAUGGUCUACAGAAUCCCUCACUCAAACUUGCUGGAGCGAUGAGGAUGAUCGGUUGGUUGCGACGUGUCGCCCCUGAACUUGCCGAUGAUACGUACAGCAGCGUGAACGGACAAACAAGAGGAAGAUCUUUGGGAGCUGCCACAGGGGAAGGAUCAUUGGGGGCGCUAUUCUUGGUGUGUAGGCUGGGUACACUACGGCGGACGCUCGAAGCAUUAGACCCUCUGAAGGACCUUGCAGAUCAAGAGACAAGCCGACGAUCAGAACACAGUGCUCGUCAAGAAGCCUGGAUNGGGGGCGCUCAGACCGAACGUUAUUUGAAAAGAUAUGUCGAAGUGUUCCGCGAGCAGAGCUUCGCCAUCAUCUCGAUGUACAAGAGCAUCUUUCCAUCGGCAUUACCGAUGCCUGGAGUGGCUGGAUCAGAUAUCACAUCGCCUGCUGGUACGCCAACACAGACCUCAAAUGCUUUAGAUGAUGCAACAACGUCCUUNUUCGAAACCGACGACGAAAAGACACCAUCGGCGCUUGCGACUUUCGCACCGCAUCUAGUCGACAUGCUUUCUGAUACUUUACGGACUUAUAUGCCGAAUAUCUCAGAAAGGUCGUCAAGGGACAGUCUACUCACUCAGGUACUAUAUUGCGCAGGCUCUUUGGGGAGACUAGGUGCAGACUUUGGUAUGAUGCUGGCCCUCCUUGAAGACGAAUUGAACGAAGAGGCCGAGGCUGGCGACACAAAACCCGUAGACGAGGAUGAGCAUGAAUGGGUCCAAGUCAUGAAGAAACACAGAGUGCAGGCUAGUAGACUAGAAAUCCUGGCGAGCGGUGUUGGGUCUGGGCGGAAGACAAGUGCCAGUCUUGAAUCUCGCAGGCCUUCUGCCGUUCCUGGUUAA